UUCGUCAUCGAUAGGCGCUAUCGAUACUAUCGACACUGUUGCAUUUGCAUUUGCCAAAAAAAAAAGAACGAAAACGAAAAAAAGCUGGGCGAAAAUGCCAACCGAAUUUGGCAGGCUAAUCGAGUGAAUUAAUCGCGGAUCUAAGCCAGAAUUUGAACGCAGCAGCUGACCAGCGGACGAGCGGACGAGCGGACGAGCGACGAGCGGAGCGGUAAGAGAAGUGCAUCCGUUCAGCGUUCAGCAUUCGGCGGACAUGAACGAAGAAAUCGUGCGGGAGCAGCAGCAGCGCGGCGGCGAGGAGUCCACCUCGUCCUCCUCCUCCGUCUCGCCAAAAACUGCAGCAGCGGCGGCAGCGACGGCGGCGGCGGCAGCAGCGUCGGCGUCGAUGACGUUGGCCUCGGCGGCCUUGGAAUCGCAAUCCCCGCACAGCCAGCCCCCCGCCAUUGGAGCAGGUGCAUCCUCAUCUCCAUCGCCAUCUCCAUCCGGCGGGCAGGAGAAGCACCCGAUGAAUGCCACCGAUAUGCGCGAACUGCGCGACAUCAAGCAAUUGCUGUGGGGCGACAAUGUGCGCGAAGAUGUAUUCAAGCGUUGGUCUCAAGGAUUCGAGUUUAGUAAAGUGGAGCCGUCGGCAUUGGUGCAGAAGCAGGGCGGUCCUUGUGCUGUGAUAGCGCCGGUGCAGGCGUACUUGCUUAAGAUAAUUAUCAUGAGCAUGUCGGACGCGAAGCUGUCGGAGAUCCCCCACGACAAAUGCCAGACGCUGCUGAUCCAGGCAUUGUGCAACAUCCUGCAGAACUGUCGGCCGCCGCGCUACCGCAUCGUCCAUCUCUUGCGCCGCCGUGUCGGCAACGCUACAGAGGCUGCUGGUUCAACCAAAGAGCGCUCGCCAGUUGCCGAUCUGGCAGGAACUGCUGCUGCUUCUGCUGCUGCGGCUGGCCUGGCCGAAGAGGCAGCCGCCGGCGGAGGCGGAGGAGAAGGCGUUGAGCUGGCGGCCGAGGCCACACCCGCCUCGGUAAACGAGCUAUCCCAACAUGGCGAACAUGCCGAACAGGAUCCGCACUGGGAGCUGUCGCCGGAUGAGUUCCACGAGCGCCUGCACACGCUUCACUUCGAGGAUAUCGGCGCGGUGGCCCGCUACUAUGUGGACAACUACGGCCAGCUGGCGCACACAUAUGGCGUCCUGCUGUUCAUGUACUCGGUGUUUCUCACCAAGGGCUCGGAACUGGUGGCCGCCGAUAUAUCGGACACCUCGGAGCCGCUCAUACACAGCACCUACGGCUAUGGCGGCCAGUCGCUGAUCAAUCUGAUGCUAACCGGCCGCGCCGUCGCCCAUGUCUGGGACAAUGAGCAGGAUGUCGGGGGGCUCAAGCUGCGCGGCAUCUGCGAGCAGAGCGACAUUGGGUUCAUAACGCUGAUGGAGCAGAUGCGCUACUGCACCGUCGGCUCCUUCUUCAAGAAUCCGCGCUAUCCCGUCUGGGUGAUGGGCUCCGAUACGCAUUUAACCGUUCUGUUUAGCAACGAAAAGAGGCUUGUCUCGCCAGAGACGCCCUCGGAGACGGGUCGUCGGAUCUUUAAGUCCUACGACCCGGAGGGCAACAAUUUCAUAUCGACCACCAUGCUGCGCGAUGUUCUGGCCGCCUUGAAUUUGGUCAGCGAGCCGGCCUACGUGGCCCUCAUGCAGAAGCGUCUGGAUCCGGAGAACCUGGGCAUCAUUCUGCUGAACGCCUUCAUGGACGAGUUCUUCCCCCUGGAGCGCCGCUCCACGCCGGACACCUUCGAGCUGAUGCACUACAAUGGCAUACCGGGCUCCAAUGAGAACAACAGGGUGCGCUACUAUUGCGGAUCGGCCAUACUAUUAGAGGGCGACCUGAAGUCGAUCUGCACCUCGAACCCGAUGGUCACCUGCCUGCAGACCAAGUGGCCCAAUAUCGAGAUCAACUGGCACGACGCCCACAUGCCGUCCUUGAAUUGACGCCGCCAAGGGGAAGGAGGUCAGCCGAGGAAACCAAAAGGACGAAGCCCAGGAGUCACUGGAACGGAGGAGAAACCACAGCUGUAGACACAACAAGAUAGCACUUUUUUAUUUCAAACACCCUUCAAAGAAUUCUUUUUUUUUUGUUUUUUCGUAUUUAUUUGAGCACCUUUUUUUCCAAAAACUGCUGGAGUGGAACGCACCAACGCAAACCAUUAACAAAAAAUAAAAGAAACAUAAACACAAGUUACAAAACACAGCAGCUAAGCACUAAGAAAUGCGCUUUUGAAGAGAGCUGCAGCCAUGUUGAAGAGGAAUCGGCAGGAGAAUAGAAGAUUCACGCCAAGCGUUGACUCAAAAACACAUAAAACACCCAAAAAACAGCACCCAAAAUGAUAUUCCAUAUUUGCAAAUAUGGAAAUUAAAAUAAAAAAUACAAAAAAAAGGAAACAGAAAGAGAAAUAAGAAGGGGAAAAAGAAAGAACCUACAUCUAAUAAGAACUCAAAACUUAAUUUCAAACAUUGUACGUUUAAAUUUGCAUUGCAAAAACGAAACGAAACUCAACUAAAAAUACAGGCAACACAAAUAUACCUUUAUGAAUAAACUAAAACUAAAACUAAAGAACAAAUCGUAAUUGAGAAUUAGACAAAGCAGAAGCGAAAGCGAAAGUAUAAACAAAAUUUGUUUUUGGCCUUUUAACAAAUUACUUGUAGUGUUAAACGAUUUAAUAAAAUUAAAUAAACACAGGAUGCAUAACGCAUAGGAGAACCUAACAUCAAAGCGAAAGAGACAGGGAAACAGGGAAAGAGAGAGAGAGCAAAGCAAAGAUUACUUCGACGUGAAACAAAAAACUAAGUAUAAAUUAACAAAGAAUAAAAACAAACAAAUAAUUCAAUUUAAAAAAUAAACAAAAAACCUAAAAAUCUCAUUAAAA